ACUUUUUUUUUUCCUUCUUCUUUAAUACUCUAUAAUGGAAAGAUUCCAACGUUUAUUUGGCUCUGCUGCUGCUGGUUUGGGUCAGGGCAUGCAACCUGGCAUGGAUACACCUACUGUUGAUAAUGCUGAAAUGGUUUACAUUUCUUCUCUUGCUCUUUUAAAGAUGCUUAAACAUGGUCGUGCUGGUGUUCCAAUGGAAGUCAUGGGCUUGAUGUUGGGUGAAUUUGUUGAUGAUUAUACUGUUCGCGUUAUUGAUGUCUUUGCUAUGCCUCAAAGUGGUACUGGUGUGUCUGUUGAAGCUGUUGAUCCUGUAUUUCAAACCAAGAUGUUGGACAUGUUGAAGCAAACUGGCAGACCUGAAAUGGUUGUAGGUUGGUACCACUCUCACCCAGGUUUUGGCUGUUGGUUGUCUAGUGUAGAUAUCAAUACCCAACAGAGUUUUGAACAAUUAAAUCCUCGUGCAGUAGCUGUUGUGGUUGAUCCUAUUCAAUCUGUCAAGGGCAAAGUCGUGAUUGAUGCUUUUCGAUUGAUCAAUCCUCAAACAGUCAUGUUGGGCCAAGAACCACGUCAGACAACAUCCAACAUUGGCCAUUUAAACAAACCAUCUAUUCAGGCUCUUAUUCACGGUCUUAACAGACACUAUUAUUCCAUUGCAAUCAACUACCGUAAAAACGAAUUAGAAGAAAAGAUGUUGCUCAACUUGCAUAAAAAAGACUGGACAGAUGGACUCACAUUGGAGAAUUUCACUGAACAUACUGAGGUCAACGAAAAGAGUGUUGGCAACAUGUUGUCAUUAGCAGAAGCAUACAAUAAAUCUGUGCAAGAAGAAUUGACGCUUACACCUGAACAACUCAAGACAAGGCACGUUGGUAAACAAGAUCCUAAGCGCCAUUUGGAGGACAAGGUUGAGUCUGUUAUGGGCAACAACAUUGUCAUGGCAUUAGGCACCAUGAUUGAUAGUGUUAGUUUUUAGUAAUAAAUAUAUAUAUAUAUAUAUAUUCUUUAACGAAAACGAAGGUAAAAGUUCACAAUCAGUGCAACGACCAAUAAAACACAGAGAAC